GCUCAGGUCAGUUCUAUACUUCUAUUUCUCACUCUCUUUCUAUCUCUUUGUCUCUUCACUUUCAACCUUCAACUUUCUACCAUAUAUAAUAAAGUUUCAAACUUUAACUCAAUGGCUACAUAUACUCCUUUUGGUCUGAUUUGAUUUUGUGAUAUUCAACAAGUGGGGUUGAAUGGAAAUUUCUUUUUCUUUUGGUUUCUUGGCUACUCAAAGCAAAGAAGCUCAAUGGCUGCUGUCUGUGUUUUCUGGUAUCAUCUUCAGUCUUAUUGUUUAUCAAUUGACUGCUGCUUUUAGUUCACGGUUAUUCAUCGGAUACAGAAAAUUGAGCAGUGCUGGGAAAGUUGAAUGGAAUAACCGGGGAUUCUCAACAUUCCAUGCAUUUUUUGCAUCCUUCACUUCACUUUACCUCUUGAUCUUAUCAGAUCUAUUCAAAGAUGAUUCACAAGAAAAACUUGUUGUUAACAGAACUUCUACUUUCUCAAAUUCAGUAUUGUCGUUCUCUACAGGUUAUUUUCUAACAGAUCUGGCUUUUAUUAUUUGGAAUUUUCCAGCUUUGGGAGGUCUGGAAUAUGUUCUACACCACGGGCUGUCGUUGUUUUCAAUUAUCCAAUCUUUGCUAAGUGGUCAAGCACAUAUCUACAUAUUAAUGGUUCUUUUCACCGAGGGCACAACUCCUUUUGUAAAUCUAAGAUGGUACUUGGACACCGCCGGUCUUAAGAGCUCAAAACUUUACAUCUGGAAUGGUGUUGCAUUGUUCUUCGGGUGGUUGGUAGCAAGGAUUUUCUUGUUCAUGUUCUUGUUUACACACAUGUGGACCCAUUUUGAUGAGGUGAAGCAGGUCUUCCCAAUGGGUUUCUACAGUUUGCUGGUGGUGCCUCCUGUGUUGUCAAUGAUGAAUUUAUUUUGGUUCUGGAAGAUUGCCAAGGGUAUGGUCAAAACUCUUUCAAAAGCAAAACAUAGCAAGUGAUGAUUCCACCACAUUUCCUGCUGCUUGAUGAUCGAUCAAACGGUCAUCAUCGCAUUGCUUCAGUACAGUUGCAAUCAACAGUUUUUCUUUUCACUUACAAAUUACAAUACUUGUAUGAUUCAGUAGAAUUGUAUAUUUGGCCUUACUGAAUUGAAUAAUUUUUAUUUUCAUGAUUAAAUUUAUUCUUAAGUAUAA